CAUAGUUUUGUCUACAUGGGUAAAAGACAACCUUCUGUACCCAUAAUUUCUGGACUCACGGUAGAUGCCAAGUUUCAGGCUGUGGAGUCUGGGAAUUGGCUGAUGACGUCACAAAAUCCGAAACUGAUGAAAGCCGGAAUGCAGGCGAUGGUGACUAUUGCAGACUGUGGCAAUCCGCCUAUAGACCUAGCGGUAAACGGGGUCAUCCGAAAGUACUACAUCGCCAUUGACAGCGUUAUGUUUCCGGGUCGAAGCGACGCAGUUGUGAGCUUUGUCCCCUAUGUCGACUCGAGGUUCACAACGAAAGUGAUGCGUACAAGAGACAACGAUUAUUUGGGUGUACUUGGUCCACUUCUACAAGCAGAAAUUGGAGAUACGAUAAAGAUUGUCGUAAAGAAUAACGACACACGUUCCCAUUCUCUACAGCCCCAUGGAGGCGUUCGUGUCCACAAAUACAACGAGGGCGCAUUCUACAAUGACACGAUCGAUACCGCGCCGAUACAUCCGGGUCAUUUGAAGACGUACUAUUGGACCGUGUCUGAGUUAACCGGUCCUACAGCCUACAAUUUACCAUGUAUGCCAAGCUUCUACACUUCCGGAGUUGACGUCAUCAGCGAAGUACACGCCGGUUUGAUUGGGCCCAUGUUGAUCUGUCAAAGUGGAUUGCUUGAAAACAUGAUACCUGGAAUGCGUGAUAUAUUCCUGUUUUACAUAAGGAGUAAUGGGGUAGAAAACAACGAAAUUCAUGGUAAGUCUGAGUGGUAUUGUAUAUCUUCCCAGGAUGAAUUAUUACAUGUAGGUAGGUUUGGUUCGGUUUAAAAAAAAAUUAACGUC